AUGGAUUGGUACCCAAGAGAGCACGUGAGGAAGAGAGGACGCCCGCCGACAGACUGGGACAAGGAGAUGAAGAAGACCUGCGGGGGAGCAGCCUUUAAGAGAGUAGCAUUGGAGAGGAAAGAAUGGAAAAGGAUGGGACAGUGGCAGUAUUAUAUCAAUAUGAUAAUCCUCAUAGGGGAUACCCAAGGCACCGAGGGAACACGAUACCCUUCCAUCCUCCCCUCCCCCAAGGCAAACAUAUGGUCCUAG